AGCGCUGACCACUCAAAUGGAUCGCAUGGAACUGCAAAAUGUCAACAUCAAACUUGAUGAGGAGAGCAAUAGCGGAGAAAGCAUUGAAGACAGCUACACUGAUAUAAUAGAUCCAGAAAAGGCUACUAUUAGCAGUCAAUUUGCUAACGAUGAUGCAGAAAAUCAGAAGUUCCUUCCAAAUGGAUUUCUGGGCAAAAAGAAAUUGGCAGACUAUCAGGAGGAAUAUAAUCCAGGAACUACUUCCUUUGGAAUGUCAGCAUUUAACCUGAGCAAUGCCAUCAUGGGGAGUGGCAUCUUAGGGCUGUCAUAUGCCAUGGCCAACACAGGAAUUAUACUUUUUGUAAUCCUACUGCUCAGUAUAGCAAUAUUAUCACUCUAUUCAGUUCACCUUUUACUGAAGACCUCAAAAGAAGGAGGCUCCCUAAUAUAUGAAAAUCUAGGUGAAAAGGCAUUUGGAUGGCCUGGAAAAUAUGGUGCUUUUGUUUCGAUUACAAUGCAGAAUAUUGGUGCAAUGUCAAGCUACCUCUUUAUUAUUAAAUAUGAACUUCCUGAAGUAAUCCGAGCAUUUCUGCAUCUUGAAGAGAAUUCUGGAGAAUGGUACCUGAAUGGUAACUACCUCGUUAUACUUGUGUCAGUUGGAAUUAUUCUUCCACUUUCCCUUCUAAAAAAUUUAGGUUACCUUGGUUAUACAAGUGGAUUUUCACUUACCUGCAUGGUUUUCUUUCUCACUGUGGUAAUCUACAAGAAAUCCCAAAUACCUUGCCCUCUCCCUGUCCUGGAAAAUAGUGUUGGAAACUGGACCUACAACAACAACUCAGUUCCGAUGCACUUAGUGAUGUUACCAAAUGAGUCUGUUAAUUCUAGAGUGAAUUUCAUGAUGGACAAUACACCUGGGCACACCACGGGUUUUGAGGAGGCAAAAGACACCCUACACACAAGUGGAGUGGAAUAUGAAGCCCAUAGUAAUAGUGAUGACAUGUGCGAACCCAAAUAUUUUGUGUUUAACUCACAGACUGCCUAUACAAUACCCAUCCUGGCAUUUGCAUUCGUAUGCCACCCUGAGGUGCUACCAAUAUACAGUGAACUUAAAGACCGGUCACGAAAGAGGAUGCAAAAUGUUUCAAACAUCUCCAUUGCUGGAAUGCUGAUCAUGUAUCUGCUUGCUGCUCUCUUUGGUUAUCUUACCUUCUACGGAGAAGUUGAAGAUGAAUUACUUCAUACAUACACCAAAGUGUACACCUUCGACACCCCUCUUCUGCUGGUUCGCCUGGCAGUGCUCGUAGCGGUCACCUUGACUGUGCCCAUAGUCCUUUUCCCUAUCCGCUCAUCAGUCACCGCAUUGUUGUUUCCCAAAAGGCCAUUCAGUUGGAUAAGGCAUUUCCUGAUCGCAGCAGUAAUUCUUGCAUUUACUAACACACUUGUAAUUUUUGUGCCUGCUAUUAAAGACAUCUUUGGAUUUAUUGGUGCAUCGGCUGCCACAAUGUUGAUUUUCAUUCUUCCUGCUGCCUUCUAUCUACGGCUUGUCAAGAAAGAACCCUUGAGGUCACCCCAGAAGAUUGGGGCUCUGAUAUUUCUUAUAGUUGGCAUAAUCUUUAUGCUCGGAAGCAUGAUUCUAAUUGCAUUGGACUGGAUUUACCACUCUUCAAGUUCCAAACAUCACUAA